AUGCUCCUGAAAUCUACUCUGUUUCUGCUGAGUGCAGCUUCUGCCUUGGCUCAGGAGUCAUGCCUAUCCUCAUCUGAUCCAGCGGCCUGCUGCGCCAGCGGAGCAAUCGAAGGCGAAGAGACUGUUGGUGAGACUGUUUUCCAAUAUAUUUGUGGCUCAAUCCCUAGCCCUCCUAGAUUCAAGGGACACAAAGCUGCAAACGCCUACGAAUGUGCUGAGCUGUGCGCACAGGAUGACACUUGCUUCGCUACCUCGUGGCGGAUCAGCGGCUCGAGUCCGCGUGGAAAUUGCUUCUUCGCCAUUGGUGAGGACUUUGAGGCAAAGGAAGACAAAUUGUUCAUGUUACUUGCAAAAGCCCCUGAGCCUGUUCCGGACCCUCCAUGUCUAGCCUCACCCGAGGCGAACGCCUGUUGCACUGGUGGGCGAACUGAAGGAGAAGAAACUGUUGGCGAUGUUCGUUUCCGGUUCACCUGUGGAUUCGUCCCAACCCCGUCCAAGUUCAAGGGUCACAGCGUGGGAAGUGCCUACGAAUGUGCCGAGCUUUGCGCACAGGAUGAUACUUGCUAUGCUACCUCGUGGCGUAUUACCGGCUCAAACGCGCGUGGAAAUUGUUUCUUCGCUAUGAGCCAAACCUUCGACUCCCAGGCCAACAAAGAUCAAAUGUUGAUUUCUAAAAUCGUCGAUGACGACGAAUCCAAUGAAUGUGACAAGGAAAAGGAGGAGUGUCUGGAGGAACAAAAGAACUGCGAGGCCGACAAGGCACAGUGCCUCGCAGACAAGGGCCGUUGCGAGGAUGAGAGAGAAGUGUACGAGGCCGACAAGGCACAGUGCCUCGAAGACAAGGGCCGUUGCGAGGAUGAGAGAGAAGUGUACGAGGCGGUCAGUCUGCAGUGCGAGGCCGACAAGAACCGCGCUGAGAACGCAGAGCGCGAGUGUAUUCGCAACUCGAACGAGCUCACCGAGAAGAAGCGUCAAUGCCGGGAGGAACAGCGUCAAUGCCAUGAAGAGAAGUCCCAACAAGCCAUUCAAUGCCAUGAGGAUAAGGCUCAACUGAACCUCGAGAAGCAACAAUGCGAAAACCAGAACAACCAGCUCUCUCUUGAUAUUAUCAAGCAUCAGGAUGAGAUCUCUGAGCUUCAAUCCACCAUCACAACCUUGCAGUCUACUAUCGACAACCUUAAUUCCACAUACUUGGCCCUGCACAAGGAAUGCAAGGGCGGUUCUUCAUGCCGAUCCGGAAUUGUGAACGCCGAAAAACGCGAUGACGGUUGCAUUCUGCCUGCUGGCGGCAAGAACUUCAAAAUCUACUAUGCCAAGUUGGAUGACCCCGGUGCUUGGGAUCUCGGUACACCCAAGGUAGCCAACUUCGCUGCUUGUGGUGAUAUGUGUGCCCGCACCGCCCGUUGCGUGAGAUUCGCUUGGGCUACCUCUAACACGGAGGGUACUUGCUGGAUGAGGUCUCACGGCCAGGACCGGAAGCCCACUAAACUCUCAUCGUGGACCAGUGGACAGUUGGUGUAA